GCGGGGCCGGCGGUGUUAGGGUUAAUGUCCGCCCCGCCCCGGCCGCACUGACUCAGUUUCACCAGAAACCUGAGGAGGAGGUGGCCCAGCCCCAGCGUACCCUGCACCGGGGCGGAAACGGCGGCCGCAGCCGCGCAGGAAGCCGGGACCGGAACCUCGGCAGGCCCGGCCCCACCCCACUCACCUGAGCAGGUAACCCGGGCUCCGGAGCGCGAGGCGGGGACGGAGCGGGCUCGGAGCAUGUUUGGCCCUUUGUUCGGCGCUGCUGCGAGUGUCCGGAUCGCUAGCACCCUCGGAGCCCAGAGGCCCGCGCAGUGAAGGUGACCCCGGUGGGGAGAAGGGCGACGGCCCCGGGGAGGAUGAUGGCCUGCGCCCGCCUCUCCCAAGCCCGCGUCCCAGCAGUCGCCGUGUGGCUCCUGUGCGCGCUCGAUCUCCUGGGCACCGAGGCUGGGCCGCCGCCCGCGCCCCCCGGCCUGCCCCCGGGAGGCCCCUGCCUGGACCGCUUUACCGCCGGGGUGCCUGCCUUCGUGCUCGAUACCGAGGCCUCGGUCAGCAACGGGGCCACCUUCCUGGGCUCCCCCACCGUGCGCCGCGGCUGGGACUGCGUGCGCGCCUGCUGCACCACCCAGAACUGCAACCUGGCGCUGGUGGAGUUGAAGCCCGACGGCGGGGAGGACGCCAUUGCCGCCUGCUUCCUAAUGAACUGCCUCUACGAGCAGAACUUCGUGUGCAAGUUCGCGCCCAGAGAGGGCUUCAUCAACUACCUCAAGCGGGAGGUUUACCACUCCUACCGCGAGCUGCGGACCCAGGGCUUUGGCGCCCCUAACUUGAGACUGGUGGAAGCCUCGGGCACAGACAUUGUCAGGCUGAGGGAGGGUGUGAUUCCCUGGAGACCCCUUGUAAGGGGAGGCAGGCACCCUCCUCCUGCGACUAUAUACUCUGGGACACCAAGGCUUGCCACGUUGCUGCCCAGGGACUCUGUGCUUCAGACCUCUACCAGGCUGGGCUUCUCAGCAGCAAUCCAGACCAGCAGAAUGAGGGGGUCCCGGAUCCCCAAGGCAUGGGCAGGCAUAGACUUGAAGGUACAGCCCCAGGAACCGCUGGUGCUGAAGGAUAUGGGGAACACAGAUUGGUACCUACUGCAGGGUGACGCGGAUGUCAGAGUAGAGAAGAAUGAGCCGGACCAGGUGAAGUUGUGGGGACUCAAGGAAGGCACCUACCUGUUCCAGCUGACAGCGGCUGACUCCGACCAGCCAGAGAGCAUGACCAACAUCACAGUUACUGUGCUGUCCCCCAAGCAGACAGAAGAAUAUUGCCUUGCGUCCAGCAAGGUGGGCCGCUGCCGCGGUUCCUUCCCUCGCUGGUACUAUGACCCCAAAGAACGGAUUUGCAAGAGUUUCGUAUACGGAGGUUGCUUGGGCAAUAAGAACAACUAUCUUCGGGAAGAGGAGUGCAAGCUAGCCUGCCGGGAUGUGCAAGGCCCCUCACUGGACAGGCAUGGUCCAGUGUGCUCUGGCACCUGUCACCCCACCGAGUUCCGCUGCCGCAACGGCUGUUGCAUCGACAGCUUCCUGGAGUGUGACGACACGGCCGACUGCCCCGAUGCCUCUGACGAGGCCGCCUGUGAGAAAUACACCAGUGGCUUCGAGGAGCUCCAGAACAUCCACUUCCGCAGUGACAAAGGGCACUGUGUGGACCUGCCAGACACAGGGCUCUGCCUGGAGAACAUCCCACGCUGGUACUACAACCCCUUCAGCGAGCGCUGCGCCCGCUUUACCUACGGUGGUUGUUACGGCAACAAGAACAACUUCGAGGAGGAGCAGCAGUGUCUUGCGUCCUGUCGUGGCAUCUCCAAGAAGGAUGUUUUUGGCCUGCGCCGGGAAAGCCCCAUUCCUAACAUGGGUGAGCCCUGGUCUGCCCUCUCACGGACGAGCUCCGUGGAGGUGGCCGUUGCCGUACUCCUGGUCGCCUGCAUCGUGGUGGUGAUAGCCCUGUUGGGUUACUGCUUCUUCAAGAACCAGAGGAAGGGCUUCCACAGACGCCACCACAACGACCACCUCCAACCCCCUACCCCUGCCAGCUCCACGGUCUCCACCACAGAGGACACGGAGCACCUGGUCUAUAACCACACGACCCGGCCCCUCUGAGCUGGGGGCUCGCCCAGGCUCUUUCCGGCUCUUGCCUGGCCCUGCUUCCUCCUUGCCAAGAUGGAAGCCUGGGCUGGGGAAGACUUUGGGACCAGGCUCCUCCAGCUAUUUCCCAGGCCCACUCUGCUUCUGAGGCAGGGCUCCGGCCCCUCUGGGAGAUGUCUUAGCUAAGCUUAGGCCUCUCAUUCCUGACAAAGCUCCAGGGGCUGGGAGGAGCGGAAGACCUUUGAGCCCAGAGUCCCACACACAGAUGGACCUGUCAGCCUAGGAUUUCAGAAGAAGUUGAAGUUUUGUUUCUUGUUCAAAGCUGCCUGUCCCCACCCGGUGGCCUUGGGAAGGGGCCUGGGGCAAUGUCAGAAGCUGGAGGCCCCCUGGCGGUGCCCUUCAGAGCUGGCCCUCCCACCCUGCACAGUCCAGGGCUGGGGGGAAGGACGUCCCUGUAUAUUUUGUGCUGUAUAGAGUUGCUUUUUGUUUAUUUAAUGCCAUGGGGAUGGGUAAGAGGAGUGGAAAGAGGCUGCCUCUUCCCUUCCCCCAAGAAUGAGGCCUGGCCUGGCCCACGGGGCCUGGUGUGCAGUAUCGUCCCCACACGCCCCAGGGCUCUCAGGCAUCACACCCCCCCUGUUCCCCUGCCUUCCCCGGGCCCCAGUCCACCCCCAGUGUAAUAAAAUGGUUGGUUCUGUGAG